AUGCUCCCAUUAAGCGGCUCCCUCAGAGCCGCUUUCUUGGGCAGCGUUGCCGCCUCAUUCCUGUACGGAAUCACAUCCGUCCAGACGUUUCUCUACUUUCGGAAUACUUGUGAGGAUGGACGUCCGUUCAAACUUUUGAUAUUUGGCCUAUGGCUCUUGGAUACAUUACAUUUGGCCUUCACUGUACAUGGACUGUAUUUCUAUAUCGUUACUUGUAUUGGAAAUCCGGAAGUCCUUCUCUCUCCAACCUGGACGCUGCUGGUUCGUUAUUGUACCUUUCCCCAUGCCGUUGCUAACGAGCUGGACCAGACACAAAUAUAUUUUACGGUGAUUCUUAUUAAUCUUGAUAGGUCGCGAAGCAGGAAAACUAAUGAAUGA